CACGUGUCCGCCAUCAUGGACAUCUCAUCUUGGUUUGAAGAUGUGAGACGAAUGAAUAAAAGACAGCUCUUUUAUCAAGGUCUGAAUUUUGCCAUGAUAGUGUCAUCUGCUCUCAUGAUCUGGAAAGGAUUGAUGGUAGUUACGGGCAGUGAGAGUCCUAUAGUUGUAGUUUUGAGUGGAAGCAUGGAGCCUGCUUUUCAGCGCGGCGACCUUUUGUUUCUUACCAAUAAAGAAGAUCCGAUUCGUGUCGGAGAAAUCGUUGUAUUUAAAGUUGAAGGGCGCGAAAUACCUAUCGUUCACCGAGUCUUAAAGAUACACGAAAAAGAGGAUGGUGCUAUCAAAUUUUUAACAAAAGGUGACAAUAACUCAGUGGAUGAUCGAGGGCUCUAUGCUCCUGGACAAUUGUGGUUAGAGAAAAAAGAUGUUGUUGGGCGAGCAAGGGGGUUUGUCCCUUAUGUUGGCAUGGUAACAAUUCUCAUGAAUGACUAUCCAAAAUUUAAAUAUGCCAUUCUUGCUGGAUUAGGUGCAUUUGUUCUUUUACACAGAGAAUGAUGGAAAGGAUUACAAGAAAAAUAGUGAGAAAACCCAAACAGUAGAAGGCCUAGAUUUCCUUCCCCUUUAAACAUCUUUUAAAUCUUUUAAUUUCCAAGAUUUGAUUAUUAAUUCUCUUCUCUCACUGCUAUACAUUUACUUGUAAAUUACUAGUAGUUACAAGAAUUUGGUCGUAGAUUGAGUUGGUAUCUUCUACCUGAUAAUGUUGAAUAUUCUCAUUACUAGUUUGCUGGAUAAUGUUGGGAUAUUAUAGGGAGAAGGUUCUUGUCAAUCGCCUCUAGGAUUUACAAUGAUUAGAUGUAAGAGUAAAGAGUUAGACCAUAGAUCACUGUUUAAGUUGACAAAAAAACUAUCGUCACAGAUAUUUCGAUGCGAGAUUAAUUUUCCUGUUCCAUGCAUGGCAAUAACAUCAUUUAGGGCAUGUUUGUACUAGCUGUUCAAACAGCUUUUAGUGGCCAGUUACCAGUCACAUGCAUAUAUUAUGUCAAGCACUCUAACAGUUCAUUUUUUUGCAAACCCUAUUAGUUAACCCUAUUUAUGAACAUAAAUAAACAGGUUGACUUUAUCAA